AUCAGCGCUCUAACUGCUACAGUGCUGGGCAGAGGGAGUUCAGUUUCAUUAUGUCAUUCUGCUCUUCAGCUCAGAGUUGUACGUUUGCGUAUGGGACAUUUAGGAAGACUUGAGGAUAACGCUUUAUUUCAGGGAUAUGAUGGUCUCGUCUGCUGGCUUGUUCUGCUUUGUUCAUCAAGAAAAGAGCCUCUGACUGCACCCCCACCGAGAGGGAUCAACUCCAUUUACCUCCUACUGCCAUGCACUUCAUGGCAUUGCCAUGUGGAAGGUAACUUAAUCUCCCAUAUUUUGCCCCCUGGCUCGUCCCAUGUCGGAGGACAGUGAUCCAAAGCACUACCUGUACUCAACCCUGGAGGGGUGUGAACGGAGCCGUGAAAGGGUCGGCUUCCAGGCGGAGGAAGAGGAACACUCUCCCUGUAGCUCCAUCAGCCAACUCCACCGCAUGGCCAGCAGUUACAGCGAGGGUUGUGGCAGGCAGGAUGGGGUUGAACUGGAAGCGGAGUUGGGAUUGGCCUCUGAGGGGAGCGACAGCAGCCACGAGCACCCAGCCUCACCGGGUUCCCCACAUGAUGACAGGAAGCGGGCACGCCCCCCAUUACACGAGGACGUAGAGAUGGGUGGCAGCGGCUCAAGUGGGAGUGGGACUGAAUCCCAUGGUAAUGAGUCGCAUGGCAAUGAAUCCCAUGGCAAUGAAUCUGUGGGCAGUUCCAACGGUAACGGCAAGGAUUCUGCUCUCAUGGAGUCUUCAGGGAGCAACAAGAGCUCCAACUCUCACAGCCCAUCGCCGCCAAGCAGCUCCAAUGCCUUCAGUCUGGUGAGCUCGGAGCAGGACAAUCCAUCAACCAGCGGAUGCAGUAGCGAACAGUCAGCCAAAGCUAAGACACAGAAGGAGGUCUUCAAGACCCUAAAGGAGCUCAAGAUGCACUUACCAUCAGAAAAGAGGAGCAAGGGCAAGUCCAGCACCGUCAACACGCUCAAGUAUGCCCUGCGAUGUGUCAAACAGGUGAAAGCCAAUGAGGAGUACUACCAGAUGCUGAUGAUUAAUGACAGUCAGCCACCAGGGUUUGAUGUCUCCUCCUACACUAUUGAAGAAAUCAAUAGCAUAACCUCUGAGUACACCCUCAAAAACACUGAUAUAUUUGCUGUGGCUGUCUCACUUAUCACGGGGAAGAUUGUUUACAUUUCGGACCAGGCGGCAACCAUCUUGAAUUGCAAACGUGAAGUGUUUAACAACGCCAAGUUUGUGGAGUUUUUAACGCCGCAGGACGUCAGUGUGUUCUACAGCUUCACCACACCUUACCGCCUGCCCUCAUGGAGCAUGUGCACUGGAGCAGAGUCGUCUCCCACGGAGUGCAUGCAGGAGAAAUCCUUCUUUUGCCGCAUCAGUGGUGGAAAGGAGCAUGAAGGAGAUCUCCAGUACUAUCCAUUCCGUAUGACUCCUUACCUAAUGAAAGUCCAGGAUGCUGAGCUGGGCGAGGAACAGUUCUGCUGCCUCCUGCUGGCUGAAAGGGUGCACUCUGGAUAUGAAGCACCCAGAAUCCCCCCUGACAAGCGGAUCUUCACCACAACGCACACCCCUAACUGUGUGUUCCAGGAUGUGGAUGAGAGGGCUGUUCCUUUGUUGGGUUACCUCCCUCAGGACCUGAUCGGGACCCCUGUGCUGCUCAAUUUACACCCAAGUGACCGACCACUGAUGCUAGCUGUACAUCGAAAGGUGCUGCAGUAUGCAGGUCAGCCGUUUGACCACUCCUCGAUCCGCUUCUGUGCAAGAAAUGGCGAGUACAUCACUAUCGACACCAGCUGGUCCAGCUUUGUAAACCCCUGGAGCCGCAAGGUCUCCUUUGUCAUCGGCAGGCACAAAGUUCGAAUGGGUCCUGUGAAUGAAGAUGUGUUUGCUGCACCAGCUUUUCAUGGAGGGAAGAUCAUGGACUCAGACAUCCAGGAAAUAAGUGAACAGAUACACCGGCUGCUGCUCCAGCCGGUCCAUAACAUGGGCUCCAGUGGUUAUGGCAGCCAUGGCAGCAAUGGUUCCCACGAGCAGUUGGUGAGCAUUAGUUCAUCCAGCGAAAGCAAUGGGAACAUCACAGCAAAGAAGACUGCAGAGGAGACAGGCAAGACCAAGCCUCCCAGGACGUUCCAGGAGAUUUGUAAAGGGGUUCACAUGCUGAAGAACCAGGACUCCCAGGUCGGCCUUCGUUCCCCUUCAUCUUCACCUCUACCAUCACCUUCCAAACCUGAGCUGAAGAAGGCAGCUGACAUUGUGGCUCAGAAGAGUCCAGUAGUUCGCCUGAAGGACUCGGCGCCCCCUCUACAGACUAGAGACAGUGCUGCAGCCACCAUUGAGGACUUCCCCUGUAAGGACCAGACAGUCCACUCGUACCAGCAGAUCAGCUGCCUCGAUAGUGUCAUCAGGUACCUGGAGAGUUGUAACAUCCCCAUCACAGUGAAGCGGAAGUACCAGUUCUCUUCAAACACCACCUCCUCUAACUCAGAUGAUGAAAAGAAGGUCUUAGAUGAUGGCAUGCAUGGGCCUCAGGACACAAAUCCAGACACUUUGAUGCUUGAUGCUCAGCCGGGUCUAUCAAACAUGAAAGCAUCCAAAAAGCCUCCAUCUGGAGCAGCUGCUGUGGUCGGCGGUACCCUAGCACCCCUCACUUUGCCCAGCAAAGCUGAGAGCGUAGUGUCUAUCACCUCGCAGUGCAGCUAUAGCAGCACCAUCGUCCAUGUGGGAGACAAGAAACCCCAGCCAGAGUCUGAAAUUAUUGAAGACGUGGCAGAGAGUCCUGCACCCCCACCUCUGCCUGUCAGCGUGGUGUCCCCACCCAGCCAGGAGAAGGAGGCCUACAAGCGGCUGGGGUUGACUAAACAGGUGUUGGCUGCACACACGCAGAAAGAGGAGCAAGCCUUCCUCAACCGCUUCAGAGAGGUCCAUAAUGCCAGGGCCUUCCAGAAGGACUGUUCCACAUAUCUGCACAAGCAGAGAGGUCCAGUCAUCGCUGAAGAAACAACUGGACCACGAGGCACUGCCAAACAGGGCCCCACCAGGCCAGAGACUACUGCCAAGAAAGGCAACCGUAACAGGAAGUCCAAGAAGCCCCGGAUGAAGCAUCCUGACUCAUCAGACAGUGCUAUAUCAAAUCGCAAACCCCGGCCCCCUCUGCAGGGUCUCAACCAAACGUCGUGGUCUCCUUCAGAAGCAUCCCAGUCAGCUUUUAAUGUUUCCUACCCAGCCAUGGUGCCUGCCUACCCUCUCUACCCCCCAGCACCCACUGCCCCGGCUCAGGCUCCCCGCCCUGACCCCUCUCUUUCUGCAGGAUUUGGAGAAGGUCAGAGCACUCAAGCCCCACCCACUGCCACAGCAUUUCCUGCACCUAUUGUUACACCUAUGGUGGCUUUGGUGUUACCCAAUUACCUCUUUCCCCAAAUAGGACAGUUAGGUCAAAUAGGGCAGCUGGGGGCUGCUCCAAGACCCAUGUUCUUCUCUGAGCAGACCCAGACACAACCUUCUUACACAACUCCACAACCCUUUCAGCCUCCACAGCCAGCCUACACCAUGCAAACACAGGCCCCUUUCAAUGGCCAGCAGCCGUUCCCUGUACAGACUGCUUUCACCCCCCAGCAGCCAUUCCAAACUGCUCAGACCCCCUUUUCUACCCCCCAGCCUUUCCAGGCUCCUCAGACUGCUUACACUACUCAGCAGCCUUUCCAGACCCCUCAACCUGCCUACACUACCCAACAACCCUUUGCUGCCCAGCCGUCUUUCCCAGUGCAGACUCAGUUUGUGGCUCAAGCCCCGUAUCCAGCCCAACCCUUCACCUACAGCCUUACCGCCGAGCCUCCUAAAGCCCUGGCGGCGGAGCCCCGAGAAGGAGCAGCUUCACGCUCCUCCACCCCGGCCUCUGGAGCGAGGGAGCCUGCUACAUCACCGCCACUGUUUGAGUCGCGAUGCAGCUCGCCGCUGCAGCUCAACCUGCUAAGCAUGGAGGAGGGACAGCGGUCAGUGGAAAGACAGGACAGCACAGUACCCUCAGCUGGAAUCCAGGGCAACAGUUCAGUAGCAGCAGGGGAAAAGAUGGGAGGAACAUCCAAGACAGAAAGUCUCCAACAGGUGGAUUCUCCAGGAGAUGGAGCCCACAGCGAUGGAAACUCCUCAUCCUGUGACUUGCUAGACAUCCUGCUGCAGGAGCAGGAGGACUCUCACUCUGGCACGGGAUCAGCCACCUCCGGCUCCAUGGGAUCAGGUUCUGGCUCUGGUUCAGGCUCAGGGUCAGGCUUAGGAUCCGGCUCAGGCUGUGGAACAUCAGCUAGUGGAGCUUCUGGGAGCAGAACAGGAAGCAGCAACACAAGUAAAUACUUUGGCAGUGUUGAUUCCCUGGAGCAUGAUCACAAGACGAAGGCCAAAACCAAGAUGAGAGGCGAGGGGAGCUCUGACAGUUGUCAGUCCCAGGCCCAAGUCUCAUCACAAGGGGACGGAGAUCAUUUCAUUAAAUAUGUUCUUCAAGAGCCACUCUGGCUGCUCAUGGCCAAUGCUGACGACAAAGUCAUGAUGACGUAUCAAAUGCCAUCCAGGGAUAUCCAGAGGGUUCUGCGGGAGGACAAGGAAAGGUUAAGGCAGAUGCAAAAGAACCAGCCUCACUUCACCUCAGACCAGCGGCGAGAGCUUGUGGAGGAGCACCCCUGGAUGAGGAGGGGAGGUCUACCAGCUGCUAUCAAUGUCAAGGAAUGUGUGUACUGCGAAGACGCGGCAGCUCCAAUUGAGGAGGAUCUGCCAGACAUGGACAUGAGUGAGCUUGGUGAGGAGCUGCGCCAAGAGGACCAGAACACCCAGAGCCAAUCAGAGGCUUCUCAGCCUCAACAGGAAGCUGGCUCCUGAACUCACAGACACUAACAGCCAGCAGGGGGAGACACUGCACCUGCUAAAGACCCUCAUGAUAAACACACUCACACGUGCACAUUCUGGAUGUGAAACAAACAGCUAUGUGCCUGACCAUCCUCACCAACACAAAUACACUCACAACAUGAACUCAUCUGAACUCUGUGUUGUUGUUGUUGUUGUGAUACGAGGAUGCGUGACGCUCAUGUGUUCAUGUGUGUGAAGCAGGACGGCUUCAUUUUAGCCAGCUCGCACACACCCACACACCAGAUCCAGGGCCCAGUCCCUGUGGAUGGAGAACUUUGGCCUCUGUGAUGAACUUUUAUUUAAUUGUUUUAUGUCGUCUUCUUCUUCAAAGGCAGAUAUGUGCUGUCAGUUAAUUUAACCAAACAAAUGAAAAUGUUCUCAACCUGCAGCCCAGCUCUGCUAUUUGAACUUAGGCCACCAGACAUUGUCUUUUAUUCUUUCUUCUUAUGUCUCAUGGUCCCGUUCAAGCCCCAGGACCCCUUUUGUGUCCCAGUAAGGAACUUUGUACAAUAGUAGAGGUGCUCAUUGGAUUAUGUAGGCAAGGUAGAAGGGCAUGGACCAGCACUUUUGUUCCACUGAAGAGUUUUUAUCCCGUGAUUCUUCUCAGACCAGAGCGUUUUUCAGCAGAGGAGGCACUUUACUCAUCAGCCAACAAAACGUCAUGUGGGCUUUUUCUGUUGAAUUUUCUCAAAAGUGACAAUCUGACUUAGUGCAAGGUGUUCAUAACUUAAUAUCUUAUUUAUUUUCUACCAAAUAAUCUAUCUCUUAUAGAUGUUAGUUUACAUUGAAGCCAAAGCUACACAGCUACAGACAUGUUUGUUUAAAAAACACUCAAUGUUUAAUUCUACAAACUGGCGCUGGUUUCUUUAUCUUAUCUGUCCCGUGUUGUUCACCAAUGUAAGCCUCAAAACAGCAUGGUGGCUUUGGGAAGUGGAGCAUUGCGUUGUUACAUGGUGCUUUUUGAAAUCUGAAAAUGGAUGCAUGAAAACAGAAGUAAACAGGAUGAUGGUUUAAAAUCUGAGGCUGCAAUCUUUGAGAUUUCUUUUUCCUUAUCUCUUGCAGAAAUCUCUUUUUCAAGGCAGCCUUGUAAGCUGCAAACUAUUGAAAAAUGUUCUUUUUAUAGUCAAUAUGGUGCAGCUCUACUACAAAGUGUCAUUUUUAGACCAAAUCAGUGCUGUUUCAUGGGUUUAUAAACCAUGCACUCUUCCCUUUUCUUCUCUUUUCCAGUUAAAAUAGCUCGCCACACUUCAUCUGCUUUCACUCUUGGAGAUUAUGUAACAUUACUCGUAUAUUCCAUGCACAAACAGCGAGGCUGUGAAUGAAAAGCCUUGACUGUUGUUUGUGCUGAAGUUCACCACAGAGAUCGGUAUUAAAGCAUCAGCAUUGAAGUCUAAGAGUUUGGUGGAAACACAACAUUACAGUUGUAACAAACUAGGGGACCAUGAUGCCUCAGUGACCGUCUUUGGUUCCCUGGGUUACAUAGGAAGUGGUGACAGUGAGUCCUUCGUUAUCUUAAAGUAUUCAGAAGAGCGCGGUCCACAUCGUCUGGUCGAGGUUAUCGGCACAAGAACUGGGAACAACUCCUGUGCUACAGCAGAGACACUGUUGGGGCAGGGUUUGUGAAUGUAACACAGACUGGACCAAGAGCAUCUUGCUGGCUUAGUUUGUCUUCAUGUUGUUGUUUUUUUUCAUCCAAAUGUCAGAACAUUUUUUUUAAUUAUUAUUAUAUUUUUUUAUGUUUCUUCUUCUGUGUGUUUUAUUUUAUUUGUUUGACAUCAGUAAGAGUUUUUGAGAGUCAUCGGGGACAGCCCCUACCUCCAUAAAUCCCAGGUCAUGUUGAUAGCAGCACAGAGUGCGUGAACGAAUGUGGGCUAAGCAUAGGGUCGGAUACUUGAGUGAUUCCUGUGAGUGACAGGCAUGUGCACAGAGAGGAUGUGUGCCUGUCAAUGAAAACAGUCUGUCUUUUGUCUCUUUUCUGUGCAAAUCUUGAAGGGGGGGCCUCCAACACUCACCUGUGUAUAAAUUAUUAUAAAUGAAAGAAUGUAGUCAAAUACAGUGUAAAUGGUCAGUCUAAGGUGGAGAAAGAUGCUGCAUUAGUUCCUAAAACUUGCCUUUUUCAUAGGAGAGGGAAUCGUUUUAAUGACUUGUACACCUGUUGGCUGUUGGAAGCACCCUGACCUGUAAAUGCAUCCACACGGUACCAGCACAUGAUGCUGCGUAUGGUCAUGUAAAUUUUGUUUCAUUGCCACUGUAUGAGUCUGUGCUAUAUGAAACUAGCACAGGUCUGUGCAUUUUUGUAGGUAAUAAGAUGUGUUGUUUGAGACAUGAAGAUUAUGUUGUAAUAAAAAUACUGAAAUAUAA